AUGCACAUGGUGGAGGCCGUCGUGCGCGAUGACCAGGAAAUUUCCGAAGAUCUGAUCAAAGAGACCCACAGGAUUUUGUGCUCGGGAGUGCCAGUAAUCGUGUCUGCAGACAAGCAAGUGGUCCCCAGCAGCAGCUACGCGGGAAAGUAUCGAAAUGUGCCGGUUCGAGCAGGAAACACCAAUUUCGUCGUUCCCCAGCGUGUCCCUACAGUCAUGGCCAGAUUCAUCACCGAGCUGAACGAGUACUUGAGAAAAGCAGAAGCUGAGCGCCAGAUCGAUCCCUUCUACAUUGCCGCCCAUGCAUGUGGGGAAUUUGUCAACAUCCAUCCAUUCCUCGACGGCAAUGGCAGAACUUGUCGUCUGAUCCUCAACACCAUCCUGCUCAAAUAUGCAGGCAUCGUCUGUCCGAUUGGGGAGUGUGAGAGCGAGAGGAAUGAGUAUUUGAACAUUGCACGGGCGAGCUCGGAGGACUGUGUUGGGAACGGUCGGUUGGCAGCUUACGUGGUGGAAAAGGUGGCGGUCGUUGAAGAAGGUGGCGGCUACGAAUACUGUCAGCUGAGUCCGAUCAAGUCCGGGUUCGAGUUGUUGCGGGACACGUUGAAAGGAAAAAGUUGA